AUGUCACUGUCCGCCCGCAGCCUACGGCACAGCCCGCAUAGUGAGCUACAGCAGAAUACCCACGGUCCCGCACACUGCGGCGGACAUUUCCAACCAUUCCGCACCAUCGCCCUCAUCAUUGAUCUUGGAUCCCCCAACUGCGCAGCCAUGACGAGGCCCCGAGAAUCGUCUGUCGAACUUGACAAGCGGCAUCCUGCCUGUACCGCUUGCAGCAAGUCCAAGCGCAAAUGCAGCCGUCAAUUGCCCAGCUGCCGCCGCUGCCGUGUCCAGAACCUCAGCUGCACAUAUCCUGUCACCCGGUCUUCGCCAAACCUCUCCCCGACAUGUGAGAGCGUUCCUCUUGCUACAAGCGGCGACAGCUUCUCUUGGUUCCUCGCCCCGGCUUCGUGGGAUAUCGACCACGUACCCAUUGGAGAGGAUGAUCGCAUCACCUACCCCGACUCCGGGCUCGAGUACUUUCUCGACCAACUUGGACUGUGGCUCGACCAGUGGAUGAAUGAGAACCACUGCGCAUUCAUCCACGCGCAUCUCCUCGCGCUGAUGGACGAGUCGGGGACGAACAACCAUGUCAUCGACAAACUGGCGCGCGUUCAGGCGUUACUCGUAUUCCAGGCCAUUGGGCUUUUUGAAGGUCAUGUGCGAGCCCGUGGACACGCGGAAUCCGUGCUGUCAACACUGACCACGUGGGCUGAUGCCCUCCUCGAGAGCGCGGCCGCUCAAGUCGCGGCCCCCGCGCAUCGGUCUGAUCCCCGCACGCUCUUGAAUCAACCUCAGAUCACGCAGAGCGCUCCAAUGAGACAAACCCCUCGACUUGGAGAGCGUGGAUUCUAUCCGAGUCGAUACGACCUUCGAGGCGGCCGGCCAUGCACCACAGACGUAUCAAAGAGACCGAAAGCCGGAAGCCUGAAUUGGGUCAUCUUCAUCACCUUUGACGAUGGGAUUGAAUGGGUCUUUCGCUCCCCGCGCCGUAGCAUGAGCAUCAAAAAGGAAUCUCAUUACAAGAUGACCAUUAGUGAAACUUCUACCUUGAAGUAUUUUGGGAAGCACAGAUCGGUCCCGGUCCCAGAAGUCUACUCCUUCAGCGGCUCUCACGACAACGAGAUUGGGGUACCUUAUAUUCUCAUGAGCAAAGCCUCCGGCCGCGCCCUUUCCGAGUAUGACUGGUCCGAGGCAUUUCGAAUACUGGGCUAUACGAUAAUGGGCCAGCUCGGAGGGAUCAUGUCGUUACUUUCGGAGAUUCAUUUUGACAAGAUUGGUUCAUUAUUCGAAGCCGAAGACGGUAGCAGCGACUGCUCUGUUGGCGAGUGCCUGAACCCGUCGCACCUCUGGGAAAAGAGGGAUACGCUUGAAGGCAUCGACCGAGAUCCCUUUGACCAAGAGAGCCGAUACUUAAGCUCUCUGAUAUCGGCUUUUGUGUCUCACACUAGAGAGCUUGGACUCAGCCCUCACAACUUCUUUGCGUCGAUCCCUAAUGUCUUCAAGUACCGUGACUGGGCCAGUUACAAAGCAGCAGUAGACAGCUUGAGGUGGGAAGACUUCUACGUACUUGGGGAGGGAGCCGAAGGCAGCAAAAAUCGGCUAUCAUACUGUCUCGCCGGCGAGUUCCUGCGCGAGAUGAUCCCUUCUCUUGCCUCUCACGCCUCUCCGAGUCGGGGGUUUGUCCCUUGCCAUCCCGACCUUCACAUUGGCAAUGCCCUCUAUCCGAGCUGCUCGCCGCUCCGGGUCUCAGCGGCUCACCACGAGGACGGAUCUGACGAUAUUCCUCGGACGUUUCACGAGAGGAGCAUGCAGGAGCAUUGGAGAGAACUGCUGGCUAAGCUGCGGGUGGAAGCCGAGGGGGAAGGAUCUGAGGAGGACCAGUCUGAAGAGGAGGGAGGCGGUCCUAAGAUGGAGACCGAGAAGAUGGCCGUUGCGAGGAAGCUGAUGCUGAUGUCGGAAAUGAAUCCGAAUUUUGUGGCGGAUAAGAGGUUGUGGCGAUGGCUUGGGGAUGCCCUGGACAAGACAGACUCUGAAUAG